AUGGCAUCUGUUAUUGCAGUCGAUCUUGGUAAUCAGAACUGCGUUAUCGCCCUUCCACAGAAUGGUGGUGUAGAUAUUGCUAAUAACCAGUCCUCUCAGCGCCUUACACCAACAAUGGUCGCAAUCGAUAAUGACCGCAGAUACGCUGGUGAGUUUGCAAAGACACAGCAAAUGCAGAACGUCAAAGGCACAAUCACAAACUUAAAGCGUCUUAUCGGUUUAAAGUAUGAUGAUCCAGAACGCGAAGUCGUUGAGAAGCUUACACAACUCAAGCUCGUUAAGUUAGAUAAUGGUUAUAUUGGUGUUGAACUCACAUACGGUGACAAGCCAAUGGUUCUCCGUAUUGAGCAGCUCCUCGCCCUCAUGUUCAAGGAAGUCCUUAAGAUUUCUAAAUUAAAUGGUUCCACAUCCAAUGAAGUUGUCGUCGUCGUUUCUCCAUGGUGGGGUGAGAGCCAGCGUCGUGUUAUUCUCGAUGCUGCUAAGAUCUCCGGCGUCAAAAUCAUGAAAUUGCUCAACUCAACAACAGCUCAGGCUAUCUGCUACUCCAUGUACCACCGUUCAAAGCUCCCAGCCGAGAAGGAAAAGGCAGUCCCAGUCGCUUUCAUCGAUUUCGGUGACUCGUCCCUCAAUGUCUCCAUCGCUCAGCUUCACCAGGGCGCAGUUGACAUCAAGUCAUUCGCUUGCGACGAGCACUUCGGUGGUGCCCACUUCACAGAGGCUCUCCAAGAGUUGUUGCUUGAUAUGACAAUGAAGAAGUACAAGAUCGAUCCACGCACAAACCAGCGUGCUAUGAUCCGCUUCAACACAGCCGUAGAGCGCGCCAAGAAGGUUCUCUCCGUUAACCCAGUCGUCAGGUUCGAAGUCCAGUGCCUCAUGAACGACAUGGACGUUCGCUUCGACUUCAAGAGAGAGGACUUCGAAGCCAAGAUCGCUGACCUCGUCAAGCGCCUCGACGAGCCAAUCAACAAGGCCCUCGAACUCGCCGGCGUCAAGAAGGAAGACUUGUUCGCCAUCGAAGUCCACGGCGGUGCAUCUAGAGUUGCCGCAGUCAAGGCCCACAUCAAGGAGAUCUUCGGCAGAGACCCAACACAGUCACUCAACCCAGAUGAGUGCUUCGCCACGGGUGCUGGCUUCCAGGCCGCCAUCCUCUCUCCAAAGUACAGAGUCAACUUGAACGUCAACGAUGUAGCUCCACACAAAGUCAUGAUCGAGUACACUGACGCUGACGGAAACAAGAACAACAAGGUUCUCUUCAAGCAGUUCAACAAAGUUCCAUCAACAAAGGAAGUCCCAAUCAAAGUCGCAAGAAAGACAUCAGUCCGCAUCUACACAGACGAGUGCGAUCUCGGCAACCUCGAAAUCGACACAGGAAAGGAUGAACCAGACACAGUCUACGUCCUCAUCAGAAUGACACCAGACUCAGUCGUCGAUGUCAAGGAGGCCAAUGUCGUUGUCACAGAGCAGAUCGAGAUCAAGGAAGAGAAGAAGCCAGAGCCAAAGAAGGAGGAGAAGAAGGAGGAGAAGAAGGAAGAAAAGAAGGAGGAGAAGAAGCCAGAGGAAGAGAAGAAGGAAGGCGAAGAAAAGAAGCCAGAAGAGAAGAAGGAAGAAGCUCCAAAGGCCGAAGAGAAGAAGGAAGAGGAGAAGAAGCCAGAAGAGGAAAACACGGAAGAGAAGAAGGAGGAAGAAAAGAAGCCAGAAGAGCCAAAGUUCAAGACAGUCAAGAAGAACAUCCCAGUCACAUUCAAGUACACUCCAACAUUCGGAUUGUCCGACAAAGUCAUCGAGGAACUUAAGAAGAUCGAAAUAGAAAUGGAGAAGAAGGACAUCCUCGAGGAAAAGAUCGAUAACACAAAGAACGAUCUCGAAUCAUACAUCUUCAGAAUGAUGAAUGGAAUGGACCGCGACUUCCCAGAGUACUUCGAUCCAAAGACAAAGGAUGCAGACCGUGCAAAGGUCGAUGAAGUCCAGAACUGGUUCUCUGAGAACGAGUUCGACAGACUCCCACUCGCAGAAUACGAGAAGCAGAUCGGAAUCCUCCACGCUUUCGGUGAACCAGCCCUCAGACGCAAGGACCUCUUCGCCGGUGUCCACAACAUCGUCUCAACAUUCCAGUUCAGAAAGGAGGCUGCAAUCAGAAGACUCGACCAGAAGGACGAGAAGUUCAACCACAUCACAGAGGAAGAGCGCAAGCCAAUCCGCGACGAACUCAACGCUUACGGAGAGUGGCUCAAGACAAAGCAGACAGAAUGCGAGGCCGCUCCAAAGCACAUCGACCCACCGCUCACAACAAACGCUGCUGAAGUCCGCAUCGCAAACUUAGAGGAGAAGGUCCAGAAGCUCCUUUGCAAGCCAAAGCCAAAGCCAGAACCAAAGAAGGAGGAAGAAAAGAAGGACGAGAAGAAGGAGGAAAAGAAGGAAGGUGAAGAGAAGAAGGAAGGCGAGGAAAAGAAGGAGGAAGCUCCAAAGGCUGAAGAAAAGAAGGAAGAGGAAAAGAAGCCAGAAGAGCCAAAGAAGGAAGAAGAAAAGAAGGAGUAA